AUGACUUCCAUUCUAUCUAUUCCAGCCCUUAAAAAGGCCUCUUACGAAGACGUUGCAGCUUCUUUAGGCCUGUUAUUUGAACCCACUGAGGCUCUCAACAAACUCAUCUACUCCGCACUUGUGGAACCUCCAGCUGUAGCAACCACAUAUUCAACAUAUCCAGAACUCAUUGAGUCUGUGCGUUUUCUUCUUUUAUCCCAGCCUAUUCCAUCAUCAGCAUCAGCUUUAAAUCCUGCCAUUGCAAACAUUAUUUCUGCUCACCCACGGUUAGGAGCCAAAAAAGUGGAUUCAGCUCAAUCACAAGCUGAACAAGCAAGUUUGCAACGAGACCCUAAGGACCUUGAACGAGUUCGCGUGCUUAAUGAAGAAUAUGAAAAGACUUUCCCUGGAUUGAGGUAUGUGGUUUUUGUCAACGGCCGGCCGCUGCCUGAAAUCAUUGCCAAUAUGGAAGCUCGCAUUGCGCGCAACAAUUUCGCUGCCGAAUGCAAAGAAGCUUUUAACGCCAUGUGUGAUAUUGCGAUUGAUCGAUCCAAGAAGCUCCGUAUUAAAGGUGAUUCAAAUAUAUGA